ACCUUCUUCCAGCCAGGUUCCCCCACACACUGCGGCGGCGGCGGCGGCGGCUGACGGCUCGUGCUCCGAUCCGGCUGAUCGGAGAAAUGCCGUGCUGCCAAUGGGUGCUCUCCGUGGCCAAGAGCAGCAGCAACACUCCCUCAUGGCUCAACCGCCUCCACGCCAAGCAGGGCGGCCUCUCCUUCCCCGCCCACCUCCAAAUCGACGACCUCCUCUACGGCCAGCCCCAGCCCCAGCCGCCCCCUCCACCUCCACCCACACCCCCACCGCCGCCUCCCCCUCCCGCCCUCCUCCCCCCUCCGCCGCCGCCGCCCCCCGCUUCCUCUGACCGCCGCCUCGCCGUCAUCGCCCCCCAGGAUCCGCUCCCCAACCCCAAGCCGCCCCGCGACCCCGCCCGCCCAAACCCUAGCCCCAACAACACCAACCAUCCUCCACCUCAGCCACACACACAGCCGCCGCCGCCGCCGCCGCUCUCCGGCGUCAUCUCCGACCUCUUCGCCGUCCCCUCCGCCCCGCGAUCCGGCCGCCCGCCCAAGCCCUUCCGCAAGCAGUCCCGCCCCCGCCCCAAGGACAAAUCUGCCUCCAAGGACGACAAGGACAAGGCCAAGGCCCGGAAGCGCCGCCGGGCCGACAGGGGCGGCGCCGGUGUCGUCGACGGGGAGCGGCGCUCCAAGACGGACGUCACCGUCAUAGACACCAGCACCCAGGGCUGGAAGGCCGCCAAGCUGCUCAUCCGCAGGGGCACCGCCUGGAGGGUCCGCGACAGGAAGUAUUCCGAGAUCUCGGAAACUGAGGAGGUCAACAAGGGCAAGAGGAGGGCUGGACUCGUCGCCAAAGUGCUCAGGGAUAGGGAGAGGGAGAAAGAGGCCGCCUUGCCGGGAAACAUCCAUGCUGGUAGUGGGUAUCUGUCAAUGGUACCAGGUGAUGAUGCCAUACAAACAGUGAAACGACCAAGAAGCUCCGAACCAGUACUGGGAAGCCAAAGUGCACCUAUUCUUAUGUUACCAAGUUCAAGUACCAUUAGCCAGCCCUGAAGGAGGCUUUAAAAACAGAAAUGAAGGCAUGAAGCCAGGAACCACAUAGGAACAAUGUUCUCGUUACUUUGGAUUAACAGAUUCAGCAAACUCAUUAAGUUUGAGCUAUCCUCUUCAUCUGUUGAUGUCUUCAUUGGUCUCUAUAAAAUUUUAUGAUUCCUAUAUAUUCAUGGCAUCUGAAGCUGGAACCUGCAAUAAUUUCAUGCUCGAAGGUCAACUUUUCCAACGUCGUAUAAGUGCUGGUGUUAGCUAAUGUUGCAUUAGGUAUUGGUUUGGCCCAUUUAAUGUGUGGUGUAGAUGAUGUUUAUACUGGUAGCUCGAUUAUCAUUGACUUACUGUACAACUUCAGUUGCUAUUGUCUGCAAAUUGUUGCAUGUACGGUAUAAUGAUGACUGGAAAAAAGUUUGUCACUGUUGGUUUGA